GUGUCGCAAACUACGGAAGUGCGCGUGAGUGCGCGCCGUCGCCGGUUCCGUGUUCGAGUUCUGAGUGUUUCACAACAACGGACAUCCCCGCGUUUUCUACCACGAGCACCGUCAGCGAAACGGCUUUGUGUCGUGAAAUAAACGCACGUGGUGGGAGCUCGUCGGCUGGAGACCGAUCCCGAACACCAACGAUAUCCUCUUCUUAUCGAACCCUGCAAUCCGUCCACCUGCAAUGGAACGUGCACGCGCGGACACGUGUGUGAUAACUGGUGGAUGUGGUUAUUUGGGCUAUCGCCUGGCUUGUUCCCUCCACGCAACAGGAGCCAAGAUCAUUCUUUUUGACACAGUUCCUCCAAAUGAAGAGAUGCCGGAGGACUUUACCUUUGUCAAAGGGGACAUACGUGAGUACACACAAGUCCAGGAGGCCGUCGCUGGCGCCGACUGUGUGUUCCACAUCGCCUCCUACGGCAUGUCCGGCAGAGAGCAGCUGAACCGCCGUCUGAUUGAAGCGGUGAACGUCCACGGCACAGAGAACGUCCUGAGGGCUUGCGUCGAGCACGGCGUGUCCCGGCUGGUUUACACCAGCACCUUCAACGUGGUGUUUGGAGGCCAAGAGAUCAAGAACGGGGAUGAAAGGCUCCCAUAUCUACCUCUCCACCUUCAUCCGGACCACUACUCCAGAACCAAGUCGCUGGCGGAGAUGGCAGUGCUGAAAGCCGACGGCACGGCGCUGAAGGGCGGCGCCGGGGCGCUGAGAUGCUGUGCGCUGCGUCCAGCGGGAAUCUACGGUCCCGGCGAGCAGAGGCACCUGCCCAGGAUAGUCGGCUACAUAGAGAAGGGCAUCUUCCGAUUUGUUUACGGUGACCCCGGCAGCCUGGUGGAGUUCGUCCACGUGGACAACCUGGUCUCGGCACACAAGCUGGCCGCUGAGGCGCUGACCUCAGAGAAGCGGCACCGCUCCGCUGGCCAGGCCUACUUCAUCUCAGACGGAAGGCCUGUCAAUAAUUUUGAAUUCUUCCGACCUCUGGUAGAGGGCUUGGGCUAUCCUUUCCCCACGCUGCGCCUCCCCGUCUCUCUCAUCUACUUUGUGGCCUUUCUCACCGAGAUGAUCCACCACCUCAUCGGGCCCUUCUAUAACUUCCAGCCGCUGCUGACGCGCACAGAGGUGUAUAAGACUGGCGUGACGCACUACUUCAGCAUGGCGAAGGCCGCGGCGGAGCUCGGUUAUGAGCCCCAGGAGUACGACCUGGAUGAGGUUGUUCGAUGGUUCAGAAGCAGAGGCCAUGGGAGAAAGUCUCACAGCUCCGCCCUCAGUCGAUGGCUUUUAGACAUCCUGUUUGUUUCUGUCUUUGUUGCCGUGGCUCUCUCUUUUCUGCCAUUUGUUGGAAGUUGAGAGGCAGCUGAAGCAAAAAUGACAAAAAAACAUUAUAAAACCUACUUUAAAAAAAAAGUGUUUUUAUAUUGCAAUACCCAUAACAUAGGAAAAUAUCAAAAAAUCAAAUGACCUUAAUGUUUUAAUUUCAUAUUCGUAUGUGUCAAAUGCUACCUCUUUUUUACAACUCUAAUCCCCAAACGCAUUUUUUUGGAAUUGUGAUAUGCUGAGAAAACUGCAAUGAAUAAACUAUUCUCCAUGGCAAA